AUGUGGCUGCUUUUCCGUGGUGGUCCUGCUCUUCCUGACUUGACGACCACCAUGUCCAAGUCCUCAUCCUCCUUGUAUGGGAUACCUCGACCAAAAUCCUCCACGGCCAAAGAGAUAUCAUCCUCGACGACCCUCUCAUUUACGUCACAGUUAUCAUCACUUCUGGCCAAUUCCGCAAAAGGAGAGUCUCCGCAAUCGUCUGGACGUACACGGCCGUCUCAAUCCAAGUCAUCCAUCUUCAACGCACACAAUAAGAAUGCCAAAAAGCGAGCCUUGAAAGACCUCGAAGAUGAGGAUAACCCUACCUUUUCCCAGCGGAGUUCUGUUGAGGGUGUGGAUAGUUCGACCUUGCAUCGAUCGAAACGGAAAAUGGAAGAAAAAGCGAGGCUCUACGCUGCGAUGAAGCGCGGUGACUACGUCCCAUCAGGGGGUGACGACUCACGGGAUGAAAGAGGUUUGGUGGAUUUUGACAGAAAGUGGGCAGAGAGCACAGCGCGUGGCGAGGGACAAAACUACGAUACAUCAUCGGGCGAAGACGACGAUGAGCCCGCCAGCGACGAAGAAUUAGUUGAAUUCGAAGAUGAGUUUGGACGAACGAAACGCGGCACAAAAGCAGAAGCUGCUCGAGAGCAGAGGCGGAGAAGGGACGACGCGGCAGAUGAGCCUGACAGACUUUCUGCGCGGCCGUCUGAGCCUGGAAACCUGAUUUACGGGGAUACAAUUCAGGCCGCUGCGUUCAAUCCAGAUGAACCUAUUGCGACCCGCAUGGAAGACCUUGCUAGGAACCGAGACAAAUCCCCCACGCCACCAGAAGAGGUACACUACGACGCAUCCAAGGAAGUGCGAACCAAGGGAGUUGGAUUCUAUGGCUUUUCUAAAGACCAGCAAGGCCGCAAGAAGGAGAUGGAGUCUUUGGAGAAGGAGCGACAGGAGACGGAGAAAGGACGGCGGGAAAAAGAUGAGCGAAAAGAGCGGAGGAAAGCCGAAAUUGAGGAGCGCAGAAGAAAAAUAAGAGAGCAACGAGGCAAGAAUCAGGCCGAAAAGUUUCUAGAUGGUCUGAAUCAGAGUUUCGGAGCUGAUACCCCUUGA